CAAUUCGCACUCGCGCUGAUAGCUGAUAGCACUACUGCCUGGCUACUGGCUACUGGCUACUGGGUAGUAAUACUUAUCGCCCAUUGAAGAUGUCGUAAAUCUCUCGACGCGAGCCAUUGUGUGAUAAGAGUGCCCACCUAUACCCAUACCCGAUUAUAAUAAUAAACACUACAAAGCCGCAGCGGUCACUUGGGCAACAGUCGCAAAGCGUUCGUCGCAGAUUUCGGUCCGCAAUCCAUAUCCCGGCAAAUACUUAUGUCCAUGUACAAAAUAUUUGUGGCGCUGGGCAUUGCUUGGCUGAGCGCACUGUGCCUGCUGCCAAUUGCCACACACUGUGAUAGCGACUCCUACUAUGAGAAAUACUAUGCCACGAGACGUUUUGUGCCGCCCAAGCGUAACUCGCCGUUGAGCUUUAAUUUCACACUUGAACUCAGCAGCACUGAUCAGCUGGCUGCCCAUGAACGUCCUGCGCUGAUUGGCAAUCUGGUUGCUUUGGGCAGCUGGCAGGCAGAUCGAGCCGUACUCCUGAAUCGCACCGCCGUGCACAAUGUCUGGAUGGGAGAGGUGCUGUUGCCACAGAAUAGUAGUGUUCAAUAUCGGUAUUUUAUUGCCGCCGUCGGACGUUCCGGUGGCGUUCAGGUGCGUCGCUGGGAAUCGCAUGUGAUGCCCCAUGCAUUCAAUACUACCAAGUUGGCAGGCAAUCGCUCGGAUCAGUUGGGCAACAUUGAUGGAGUGCAUCAGUUGACACGCGGCUGGCUCCAGAGCGCCUCCAGCUGCAUUCUACAAUUGAAGGUGUUCCGUCAGGCGUUGCGUCUGCUGGAGCAGACGCUGCCGGAGACAGCGAGUAUCCGCCUUCGCCUGCAGCCCGUGCAUCCGGCCACUCUCUCGCCCAUACUGAGUUCCGCAUCCGCCAAUGUGGAGUAUGUGCGUCUGGCUUACGGCGACAGUGUGUUGAGACCACAGCCCGAGUAUGGUGUACCCUUUGACCCCGAGCAGGAUCUGCUCAUGUUCCAUGUGACACUGGAGCAGCUGCACAAUGUGGCCUAUCAGCUGGAGGUAUACGGUGAACAGCAUGAUCUGGUGCGCCUGCUGGGCUAUGUAAAUCUCCAGCCCGACCUACUAGUGGGCAGCGAGGGUAACAUGACGCUCCAGUUAAUAUCGCCCACCUGGCAGCGUGAGGUGGGUGAACUGCAUCUCCAGUAUCUCGUGGUGCGUCCGAUGAGCAAUGGCAGCACCGAUUUUCGCACCAGCUUCGUCAACUAUUGGCGCUCCAAUUGGACAGCACUGGAGAUUGGACAUCGUGGAUUGGGCAAGAGUUUAACUAUGACAUCGGCGACAGCGGCGCCGUUGGUGGAGAAUACGCUGGGAUCCAUGAUUGCCGCCGGGGAGUUGGGCGCCGAUCUUGUGGAGUUCGAUGUGCAUUUGACCAGUGAUUUGGUGCCCAUCAUUCAUCAUGAUUACGCCAUACGCGUGUGCAUUGACUCCAAGACGCCAACAUCGCGCAACGAUCUAACCGAGGUCCUUAUCAAGGAUAUAACCUAUGAGCAGCUGAAGCAGCUGAAAACCUAUCAGAUUGUCUCCAACAAAAUCAUCGAGUAUCCUGCCCACAGUAAUGUGGAGCAAAUUGAGCAGCGACUCUUUCCCACGCUCCAGGACUUCUUUGAGCGAGUGAAUCUCAGUGUGGGAUUCGACAUUGAGAUCAAGUGGCCACAACUCAAAUCCAAUGGAGAGUACGAGAGCGAGCAGACCAUCGAUAAGAAUCUAUUCGCGGAUCGCAUUCUGGAGGUGGUGCAGAAAUACGGCUGUGGACGGCUCAACAUCAUCAAGACCUUUGAUGCCGAUCUGUGCACACUGCUGCGCUUCAAGCAGAACAUGUAUCCGGUGCUCUUCCUCACCAGCAGCAAGGAGAACGCCUUCGCCGAUCCGCGCACCACCAAUGUGGAGCAGAGCAUCAAUUUCGCCCAGGCAUUCGAUCUCGAGGGCAUUGUGCCGAACGCGGUCUUCUUCAAGGCGGAUCCAACGUUGGUGCAGCGGGCCAAAUCCCAGUUGCCGCUGCUCCUGCUCUGGGGUGGGGAUCUCAAGGAUCGCGAUGCAAUCGAUUGGUUCAUUCAACUUGGUCCCAAUGGCGUCGUCUACGACCGCAUGGAUCUCUAUCUGCCCCCAAAUAAAAUAGGCGCCUUUGAGGCCGAGCAGGAUUUGCCCGAUUUCUUUCAGCUGCAAUGUCCUGCAGAUGGCAAGCAACGCACUACAAAUUCCACCAUCGAAAGCAUCCUGAGUAAUGUAAACUUUCUAUAGAUUCUACUUUAUAGCAUUUGAUGUUAACGACAAGCAAUAAACAUAAUACUAUCUCUAUAUAGAAA